GUUGGAGACGUGGCCGGAGGAGGUCCGAUCGUGCCUAAACUGAGGGUCAACCAGACCUGCGCGGGAUUGGUUGUAUGUGGGGCUGAUUUGGGUAGCUGGCCGGAAGCGGAAGUGGAGGAAAGAUGCAGGACCAUCAGCACGUGCCCAUCGACAUCCAGACCAGCAAGCUGCUCGACUGGCUGGUUGACAGAAGGCACUGUAGCCUGAAAUGGCAGAGUCUGGUGUUGACCAUCCGAGAGAAGAUCAAUGCUGCCAUCAGGGACAUGCCAGAGAGUGAGGAGAUCGCCCAGCUGCUCUCUGGAUCCUACAUUCACUACUUCCACUGCCUAAGGAUCGUGGACCUUCUCAAAGGCACCGAAGCCUCCACAAAAAAUAUUUUUGGCCGGUAUUCUUCACAGCGAAUGAAGGACUGGCAGGAGAUCGUAGCCCUGUACGAGAAAGACAACAUCUAUCUAGGGGCAUGCUUGCCUUGUGGUGUGGGCAUCUGGGGUGAACUUCCUGGGGCCUUCGCAGUGGAACUCUCCAGCCUCCUGGUUCGGAAUGUCAACUACGAGAUCCCCUCUCUGAAGAAGCAGAUCGCCAAGUGCCAGCAGCUGCAGCAGGAAUACAGUCGCAAGGAGGAGGAGGGCCAGGCCGGGGCCGCCGAGAUGCGGGAGCAGUUCUUCCACUCGUGCAAGCAGUACGGCAUCACGGGAGACAACGUCCGGGGAGAACUGCUGGCCCUGGUGAAGGACCUGCCGAGUCAGCUGGCGGAGAUCGGGGCCGGGGCCCAGUGCCUGGGCGAAGCCAUUGACCUGUACCAGGCCUGCGUGGGGUUUGUGUGUGAAAGCCCCACAGAGCAGGUGUUGCCAAUGCUGCAAUUCGUGCAGAAGCGGGGAAACGCCACGGUGUACGAAUGGAGGACGGGGACCGAGCCCUCUGUGGUGGAACGGCCACACCUCGAGGAGCCUCCUGAGCCGGUGGAGGAAGACACGAUUGACUGGGGCGACUUUGGGGUGGAGGCGGCUUCUGAAGGGACGGACUCUGGCAUCUCUGCCCAGGCUGCCAGAAUUGACUGGGGCAUCUCCCUGGAAUCGGACUCAAAGGAAGCUGGGGGCGAUGGGAUAGACUGGGGAGAUGAUGCCGCCUUGCAGAUCACAGUGCUGGAAGCUGGAACCCAGGCUCCAGAAGGCGUUGCUAGGGGCCCAGACGCCCUGACACUUCUCGAAUACCCAGAGACCCGGAAUCAAUUCAUUGAUGAGCUCAUGGAGCUCGAGAUCUUCUUGUCCCAGCGAGCCGUGGAGAUGAGCGAGGAGGCAGACAUCUUGUCCGUGAGCCAAUUCCAGCUGGCCCCCACCAUCCUGCAGGGCCAGACCAAAGCCAAGGUGGUUACCAUGGUGUCGGCGCUGCAGGAUCUGAUUGGCCGGCUCACCAGUCUUCGAAUGCAGCACCUGUUUAUGAUCCUGGCCUCACCAAGGUAUGUGGACCGAGUGACCGAGUUUCUCCAGCAGAAGCUGAAGCAGUCCCAGCUUCUGGCUUUGAAGAAAGAGCUGAUGGUGCAGAAGCAGCAGGAGGCCCUUCGGGAGCAGGCGGCCCUGGAACCCAAGCUGGACCUGCUGCUGGCGAAGACCAAGGAGCUGCAGAAGCUGAUUGAGGCUGACAUUUCCAAGAGGUACAAUGGGCGUCCCGUGAACCUGAUGGGAACCUAUCUGUGACAGCCGCCGUGUUCUACCUGCCUGUCUGCCUGGCGCUCAGGAAGGAGGGUGCAGACCGCCAGGGCUGAUGUGCAAGGCCCUUCCUGACCAGAGACCAGGUGAUUGGAGGAUGGAAAGCCACAUGAAGGAGCUGUCACCUAGAGGGUGACCUUGACACUCAGAUACUCACUGUACUCUCUGGCAAGAAGCUAUCUUGAUCAGCUCUGUGGCCGGUCAGCCUGCAACCCCAGUUUCUGGUCCUUCUCAUCAUCUAGUUGGACUCAAUAAAAGAGGAAGAAACUCUUGCUUCACCA